AUGAUCUAUUUACUUCUUUAUGUUGAUGAUAUCAUUAUUACAGGCAACAAUUCUUCACUUCUUGCCCGCUUUACUCGUACACUUAACUCUGAGUUUGCCACUAAAGACUUAGGCUCUCUCAGCUAUUUUCUUGGUCUUGAAGCCACUCUAACUUCUGAUGGUCUCUUCAUCAGUCAGCUCAAAUAUGCAUGGGACAUUCUUACUCGAGCUCAAUUACUUGACAGUAAACCUGUUCACACGCCCAUGGUUGUUUCUCAACAUCUUUCUACUGAUGGUUCUCUGUUUUUAGACCCUACUCUCUAUAGAUCCCUCGUCGGUGCACUACAAUACUUGACUAUCACAAGGCCCGACAUUGCUCAUGCUGUCAACUCUGUCAGCACCAUUCACUAUGGCCUACAUUUUCGGCCUUCCACUUCUCCUGGUGCUCUUGUAGCCUAUUUUGAUGCUGAUUGGGCCAGCUGCCCGGAUACUCGUCGUUCAACCUCUGGUUAUUCUAUCUAUCUUGGCGACAAUUUAGUUUCCUGGAGUGCCAAGAAACAGCCGACUGUCUCUCGUUCCAGCUGUGAAUCUGAGUAUCGGGCCCUUGCCUCCACUGCUGCUGAACUCAUUUGGCUUGCACAUCUCCUGCAUGACCUCAAAGUAUCCAUGCCUCAGCAGCCCACUCUUUUAUGUGACAACAAAAGUGCCAUUUUUUUAAGCUCCAAUCCGAUUUCACACAAGCGGGCCAAGCAUGUUGAAUUGGACUACCACUUUCUUCGUGAGCUUGUUGUCAUGGGAAAACUUCGUACACAAUAUGUCCCAUCUCAUCUACAAGUUGCUGAUAUCUUUACCAAGAGUGUUCCUCGACCUCUAUUUGAGCUCUUUCGUUCCAAGCUCCAUGUCCAAUCAAAUCCAACGUUGAGCUUGCGGGGGUGUUGGAAAUAA